AUUACAAAAGUUAAAAUUUGAUCCAGAAAAUAAGAAUUAUGUUCAAUUCAUUAAUUUAUUCAGGGAAUAUUGUUAUGAAGCGGAAAUCAAUGAUGUGGAGGAGCAAAAAAAAUUGUUACUAAAAAAAUUAUCUAAGGAUUCUUUUCAUUAUUAUUUUAUUAAUAAUAAUUUAGAAAAAAUUAAAUCAUUAAAUGAUUUAAUCAUGUAUUUUAAUCAAAGCUUUUUAGAACAACAAAAAUUGAUUCGUUUGGGAUCAUGUAUUACUUUAAAACAUGUUGCUACUGGGAAAUAUUUAACUAGUUGUAAUGUACAGUAUAAAACAGGCUCUAAGGAAAAUAUUGUUUUUGGCAGUCAAACUUUAUCCAAUCCAAAUUCUUUAUGGAUCGUUUCAGGCCCUGAUCAAAACAAUAAUAGGGAUCCGAUUAUUUAUGGAAAAAGUGAAGUUUACUUAGAAAAUAAAGCGGGUAGAUUUGAAAUCUUGUUUAUAUCCGAUUAUUACAAAUCCCCUUCAACUGGAAAUUGGGAAGUAAGCUGUUCUGGCAGUUAUUAUGAAUAUUUGAUAAAUAGUGAUUCAACAAAUAACAAUAAUACUUAUAUAAAAUCGAAAGAAAUAGUAAAUAUACGUCAUGUAGAAAGCAAUUUUAUAUUACGUAGCCAUGAAUUUCCUUUUACUAUUGAUAAUGAAACAUAUCAAGAAGUUGUUGGGCAUGAAGGAAGAGUUGAAGGGAAUGAUAAGUGGUGUAUUGAAUUGUUUGAAAAUGAAUAACUUAUCGGAUAAAUUUUUUGUAUAUAAUUUAGUAAAAUAUUUUCAAUACACAUUUAUUGUAAGAAAUCACAAUAAUUUAAAUGUGAAUGAUCGAAUGAUCGAAUGAUCGAAUAAUAUUUAUUAUAAUUUUUCAAAUUAUCUGAAUAUUUAAUAAUCAACAUUAAAUGUUUUUAAA